CUUCGCUUCUCAUUAUUAAUCCAAUAUUUUUAAUUCUACCAAUUAUUUUUCGUUAUUUUCUUUCAAUUCAUGUAGGAUCUUUUCCAAAAUUUGAAUGAACCCGUGAAUUUCUGAGUCCAGAACCCAUUUCUUGAAAUGCGAGAUCAGACAGCUGUUGACCGUCUUCACGUGGAGCCCGCAAAUGAACAGGGAAAAAAUCGGGCAUCGGUAGAUAGCGCGAAGGACCUUGAGGAGGGGCGACGGAAAUGGUUUGAUGACGUACAGCUGGAGAACAGUACAGAAUUGUCCUCGCUCAGUCUAUAUGUGUCUACAAUAAAGAUUAAAACCCCAGACAGGGGAAGCGACAAUGAUCUAAUAGCCUUGAUCAAGUGCGCGAAUGACCCUCCCAGGAACCAUAAUGACCGAAAGAAGAACCUUGAACUGCUAGAGGCUUACCUAAAGAAGGUCAAGCAAAAAGAUGACGAUUCGAAGAAUGAAGCCGCUAAGAAAGCCAGUCAAGUUGAAGAUCGGCGAAUGGAGAAGCGUCAGGGAUCUCGAAUCUUCAAUACUAUCGGAUCAUUAGUUCCAUCUAUUAAAAACACAUUCAACUUCGUGUUAAGGGUUUUGCGUGGCGCCAUGACGGUGUUAGAGGCGACAAUGUUUAUCGCUGGCGAACUUACAUUCCAGACGCAUUAUGAGGUUGCAGUGAAGGCUGUUAUGCUAUUCAUUACGGCUUAUGAAAGCGCUGGAGAGCUUACUGAGCGGAUAGUCGCUAUGUUCCAAAAGAUAGACGAAUAUGGGCGGGAAAUGAGGACUCUCCAAGAUAAUAUUAAGUCUGCCUCAAUGUUGAAGGCAAUCAAUAAGCUCUUCGUCUCUAUCGUGGCAUUUAUAGUUGCUUCUGGCUCAUAUAUGCAGCAUGGAACUAUCUCCAAGAUGGUAAAGUUCCUCGGGGGUGGAAACGACAAGUUCGAUAAACUCCUCGAAACUGUCAGAGAGGAUUACGCCGAAGUAACUCGAGUGAUGACCUUUGCUCAGGUGAUGAUUAACCUUUCAUCACAUGGAAAUAUCAAUCGUGUUAGAGAAGACACGGUGACGAUCAUUCAACAAUUAAGUAUGCUGAAUCAAUCAUUGACACCCGACAUGAGUCGACAACUCCAAUUAGUCUACGAUCAAUCAAUCUUCCAGGCAGAGCUACAUGUCCAAAGUCUACGGUCCGAGAUUUUCGACGAUUCGUUUGAUCCCUCCAAGGAGUUGGCGUUCAACGAUAGGGAGAGAAUUUUCCUGUCGCCAAAGGAUCGCUGGCCCAGGCAUCUUUUCAAAUUGAGAAGUUCUACCACACCCCAUGUCGUUACAUCCAAAGAUACUCGCCCUCUAGUAUGGAUUUCGGGGGAUUUAAGCCGGCGCAAUGUAUCAUGGGUGUCAUCAUUCUGCGUCGAUCUGGUCUCCUACUUCAAUCAAUUCAGAAACUUCGAUACGGUAUAUCUAUUCUGCAAGCGGGGUGCAGGCCAGCGAUAUUCUCCCACCUUUCUCAUCAAAGGCUUAGUGACGCAACUACUAGAAACUCAUGCGUUGAUUGCUAUGAAAAACUCAGCCCGGCUUUCCCGGAACCGCUUCAGCGACAUUGGAACCAAGACGAGUCCAGAUUCAGGGCGCUUGGCAUGGCAGUUACUAGAGGAUAUCCUCCGGCUCAUCGAAACCGCACCCGAGUUCCAAGGCCGGGUGAUCUUGAUCCUGAUUGAUAGACUAGAUCUAUGCGUAUCGGAGGAGAACUCCAGCGUCCUAGAUCAUCUUAUUCCACGGCUACAAAGUCUCAGUUUCAAGAUCUCAAGAGUUCAAGUAUUGAUCACGACUGCAAAAAUCUCCCCGCAUUCCGUACCUACUCUACGAAGGGGUUCGGGGUGGCUCCGGGCAUAUGGGAAGUAGAUUACGGAGCAUACUGAAAAAUGCCAAGAUAUUAUGACUUCCCGAUCUAACACCACAGUUUCGUGCUAUUCACUCCCUCUAUACCCGUAAAACCAAGACGUAAAGGUCUAACGUACGGAACAUAAGGAAAGGAGGUGGAUUAGUAAGCGGACGAGCUUACAUAAGCGAGGGCGAAUGUUGGACAUUUGGGAUAACUAUUGGAUAAAUAUACCUAACAAGGAGUCUAGAUUCUUCAAUAUUGGGGUUUAAGCUAGAUUAUAUAU